GUAUGUUCCGCGCAGUCCAAUCAGUCCGUUCUCUUUCGACCACCGCGGCUUGCCGCCAGGACUUGAUCCAGCAGACUUUCGUCACCAAGAUCCGCGAAAUCGCCAAGAACGCCGGUAACCUGGCUAACUCUGAUCCAGCCGUUAAGAAGGCUCUCCAGGAAGAGCUCAACAGAUUGGCCACCAAGUUCCAGCUCGCCAACGCCGAUGUUGUUUCGAAGCUCCCAACUAACUUUGAAGCUGCUAAGGUUGACUCUGCAGUUCAAUCCGCUCUUGAAGGACAAACAUUGGCUUCGCUUCUUGAAGGAGUCAAGAAGGACCACUCUGAAUAUGUUGCCUCCCGUGAUGCCAAGAAAGCCGAACAAGCCGCCCGUAAUGCUGCCCUCAAGCAAUAAAUUUAAGCUCUCGAUUUUGAAUGGUGUAUUGUUUCUUUUUGUAAUAGAUCGUCUAUAGACCGAAUGAACGUUUUUGUUCCUUAAUUUUUGAAAUUUCUCUCUGUUCUUUUGUAAACUUUGUUGUUUUAGUCACGAAGCUUAUUUUUAUUA